GCAGCACAGGAUUCGUUCCAGGCCGUGUCCUUCCUGUGGGAGUCCCCAUUGGAAGUCAGACUGCCCAGCACAAGCAGCCACCUCUGGGUUACAACUCCAGGGCCCCUUGAAUGGCUCUUUCCCAGACCCUCUUGGCUUAUCUACUGAAGACUAAAGCUGCCUGAAGGCCUCAGAGGACCCAUGGUCCAUCUCAGAUGCCAAGCUUCAGGACAACUGUCCUUAGAGGAUGUUCAGGACAGUUCUGCUACAAAGUGGCAAGAAGCAGCAUGCAAGAUCCUUCAAGAAGAGUGCUUCUUUACACCAGUGUGCUGUGUGCAGGAACCGGGCCCCUGGUGUAUUACCUCAUACAGAAAGGCUUGAGCAGGACCGAGUACUACCAGAUGGCGCUGGAGCAGCUGCAUGGCCACCCCGAGGCGCUGGAGGCGCUGGGCUCGCCCCUCCGUGUACACCACCUGCCGAUGCUCAGCAGGGACCACUUUGUGGACAUCACUGACGCCCGGCUGAAGAUUCCCAUCUCUGGGCCCAAGGCAAAGGGCCAUCUCCUCACUCGGUCAACCAGGAGCGCCCCCUUUAAGAGGAGCAAGAUGGCAUCUCGGCACCAACUGACAUCUCUCAAAUGACCAGGGGUCUCACCAUGCAGGUCAAGCUGGCCUCAAACUCGCAGCAAUCCCCCUCCUGAGCGCUGAGCGCUGGGCUUAUAGGCAUGUGCCACCAUGUCUGGCUAAGUCUCCAAAAUUUAAUGGUAUCUAUUUAAAUUAAAAUUUUGUCCUCUCAAGUAAAUCCAAAAUGAAAAAGUAUCAGUUUUAGUAAAUAUAUACGUGUAGCUAUAAGGUAUACAUAAAUAAUGCAAAAGAAAUUUUUUGGACGUGUAAUUUUGGCACUUUUACUUGGCUUUUUAAAGUAAAUACAAGUAUCUUUGUACACAAGUUCUCAUUCUAGAGAAACAGGAUGUUAAAAGGUACAAACAUCUUAAAAAGAACACUGAAAUAGCUUUACCUGUCAAAUCCUUGGUUGGCAAUUUUAUAAACCUGGUUUGAUGCACUUAACUCCAAAAGUUUGACAAAAUUAUUUUUUUCCUAUUGGUUUUUCCUGGCUACCCAUUUUCUGUAUACAUACAUUUGGCCAGAGGUCCAUAAAUAAUAUUAACAUUUCAACGGAGCAAUCUUAAAAGUUUUAAAGGGAGACGCAGCUCAGUAGAUAAAUUCUCCUGGGAUUUCUUGUAGCAAAGGUUCCUCAAAUUUAAAUCGUUUAGAAAUGGCUUUUUGCUCCAUUUUCCCUUUUUCAGACUGUCUGCAUUGUCCCAAAGUAUAUGAAGUAACUACAAUUAACUCCUCGGUCACAAGUGAUCCUUCGGAUUCCGGCUUCUCAGCAUCGUCAUUGAUUUCAGCAGCAGAAUCACCUUCCUGGAGCACGUCUGCCGCUUCCACUGCUCCCUUCACCUUGUAAGGACUAGGAACACUGCUCGAUGUCAACCACGGGUGUCUGAGACAGUCUUCAGCAGUGGCUCGGUCUCUGUGUAAAGACACCCACACACACCGCAGCAUUAAACCUCAACCGAGAAGUCAGAGCACUAGGUCCUGUAUUUAUUACCACAGUUUUCAAAGUAUAAGGAGUUGGCAAAGAUCCUAUUGUGCUUCCUGAGUAAACCAAAAGUUUUGGAACUUGAGCGCAUUCCCUAAAAUGCUGAAAAAGGACUGUAACUAAGGUCUCUCUCCAGAGUUCUGAGCCACUCAAGAACAGGUAGGAAACAGCUGCUAAGGAGCAGGUGUCAUUUCACCGUCAAUUUCCAUUAUCCCACAGUAACCAGUGCCACGCACUGUGAGAUGCAUCUGCAGUUUCACUGAUUUCUGUCCUGUCAGACUGAGGCCCAGGCCCGUUUUCUAGGCAUACGUUCAUUUUGGACAGUUUUUCCUUUGACAGGCAGGUUAAGCCAAGAGGUUCAUCUAGUUUCCUGCCCAUACUAUCAUGUCUUACUUUGUGGUUUAGGUGCUGAACUACUCUGGCUCAGAGCAGAUCACUCAGAGCCUGGCUGGGAGAGCAGCUCUGGGGCAGGCCCCCCACAGAUGAAGAGGAGAAUUCAUACUCACUCGGGCUUCUUCAGUAAAAGGCCCUUGAUGAAGUCUACAGCAGACUCUGACACACCAUCGAACUCCUCCUCAGAAUAGCUGACAUUCAUCUGUGAGAUGUUCAGGAAUGUUUCUUGUUUACUGUCGCCUAAGAAAGGCGACACUCCUGUUAGCAUGACGUAGGUGAGCACUCCAAUGCUCCUGAGUGGAAGGAAGGUGUGAGGGCAGUUAGUACCAAAUUCGUUGCUGGGAACUAAUGUCACUGACUUUUAGUAAGUAACACUCACCACAUGUCUGUUGCCAAGCUGAUAGGAUCGUAACUAAGAAUUUCAGGAGCUAGUUGGAGAAACAAGAAAAUGUUUAGUUUCGUGGGGAAAAACUUCCUAAUUUGCUCUUAGAUAAACAAUAAAGUAUGCAUUAGAAAUUAUACAUCACUAUUACCAAGGUUUUGCCUAAAAUGAAAUAACAUCAUGAAUUAAUAUGAAUAGAAAAACCUUUUAUUUCCCUGGUUUUUUGAGGCAGGACCUCACGAUGGAGUUCAGGCUGCUUUCAACUCCACUAUGUACCCUCGGCUAGCCCAGCACUCACGGGACUCCUGCUGUCUCAGCCUCCCUAGUGCUGGGUGAAUUAAAAUCUUAAGUAGCUAUUUGUAAUUAACCUGUUACUUUUAAUACUUCUACUCUCAUUGUUGAGACUUAGUAUCUAAAAAAAUUUUUGAAAGCAAAAACUCUGGAACAUACAAAGACACUCUGGCACCGUUUUCUCCCCCCAGUUUCCCUCCCAUCACCCAGCACAUCUAUCAGACGGCAGCUUUCAGAUCCUGCCCAGUGCAUCCCUAUCUCUCCAUCCCCACAGCCCAAGCCCAGUGCAGAAAGACUCCUUACGUGCAGGUAUAAGUUCCUUAUGAUGAAUGUGAUCAUUACAUAUGGCAAAUUGCACUAAUGAAAAUAAAAUUUAUAAAAAUGAAAAGCCCUAGGUAUCUUCAGAAGACUGGAAUCACAAAGCUCAUCUGUAUUGCUGAGAAAAGUAACAUAGCGAGUGGUAGCACAACUGCUGCCAGUUCUAAGCUCGAACUUUCCACCACCUGAACAGCAAAGUCUGAAAAAGCCUGCUCAGUGCUGGAGCUUCACUCCAGUCAAACUGAAACCCCCUUGAAAAGUCCUGCACAGGCCAAGUCACAGCUCGUAUCUUGCUGUGCAUACGAAGGGGAAGCUUCAGUCUAAGCACUGCUCUCACUCAGAUUUUUGGUGAAAAAAAGACCAAAAGACCCUGGAAAGUCUAGUGCCAGAAGUUCUUUAUGGAAGGAGACUCUCUUUCCAAAAAAAAUUUUUCUCUUCCUCUGAUUUUUCUCCAGCUUCCAGUGUACCAGGAAGCCUCCAAAUCAAGUGAAAAGUACUAUACAAAAAUUUAAAAAUUUUAUUCAUUGUACUGUGUUUUGAUAUUUAAUGUAAUGUGUUUCUUGUAUUUAGAUGUUUUAGGGGGGUAUUUCCACAACCAAAGGCUAUUAGCACCGUGUUAAAGUCCUAGAAAAAUGAAUUUACAUGUAAUUUUUGGGCCUCAGAACUAAUUUUUGGUUCUCCAUUGUUAAUGGGAAAAAUAUGUUCAGUGUUUAAACUUUUCAGUGUUCAAACAUGAGUUUGGAACAAACUGAGUUCUACAACUGAAGUAUCAUUGUACACGUACUUCAUAAACUGCUGUCUCAUUGAAAAGCAAAGAGACAUUUGCAAAUAUCCAAAGAAUCAGGAAAAAUACCACUCUCCUCAAAAUCAACUCUACUCACAAUCCAGUCAACCAAAGAUGAUUAUUUUCAAAAGUGUCCAACUAUGAUAAGAAGGCCGUAAGUACCAAAUCCAAGUAAAAGUAGAUGAACAACUAGAAAACCAUGGUAAUAAUAUUAAAAGAAGGGAAUUAAAAGGUUCUUAGAAAAACUUAGAGCACUCAAACUCACACUACUGGUCUGAGACAAAUUUCCACUGAAUGUAAGGGUGAAAGAGGUCAGAAAGGAAAUGUCAGGUGUGCUAAUUUCCUCAACUUUGAUUUCUGAAGCGGCUGGGCUGGGAAACGUUACAGAAGUUUUAAAAGAAACAACGAAGGAAUUAAACAUGAAAUGCACAGCAUCCAAGCUGCUUGAGGCGGGGAAGUAACACGGAGGCCACCGGCCAGAGGGUGGAAGGGAAGGUAUACAAGCACCCCACCUUACAUGCCGGGUGCUCACGCUGCGCGGAAGGCUAACUUAGGAGUUCUGUAUGGCAAAUCGGCUUCCUACGUGGGAGGUGCUGUUUUCAGCUCCAUUUUUUGGACAAAGGAAUGUGACUGAGAGAGACAAGGACCAACAUCACUGAAGCUGGUGGCAGAGCCAGGACUGCCUGGGGGCAGCAGAAAUUCACCUAGGGAAGGCACCCCAGGAAAGGCUGUUUCCAGAGUGUUUUUUCUUUUUUGGAUCAAGCAUUGUUUGGGGCAGGGGGUUGGUAGGAAAUUUAGAUUUACCAAAAAGCAGAAAACAUUAAUAAAAACAAAUCCCCAACCCCACUCCUUAUCAAAUCCUGUCCUGCAGCCUUCUGGGCGGCUCCCUGCCACGAUACCUGCAUUAGAACAGAGGGGCUCCCGUAUCUGGGGUGCGGUUCUCUCAAGAUAUAUGCUAAGUCACUUCCAAAACCUACUUAUAGGUCGAAGGUGCGUUAGCCUAGUGAAAACUAGGUAUUCCAGCCCAUAAAAAAUCUUAAAUUCCGAAGGUGGUUUCUCUCCCUGUGGUCAUUUUUGAAAUGUACCCAUUUUAUUAAGUACUGGGCUUGUGACACGUUCUGAUGUCUGUGCUCCAUUCCGGCCCCCUUCCUCAUUCUCUUCCACCUGUUAAUAAUCUCCCUUCUACCUUUGUUGUGUAACAUUCCGCGUACUAGGAAGACCCCGCCACCAGUCCCAGUGUGGCUUACUUUACUCAACACGGUGUCUCUCGUUCCCCCUUCUUUCACCCCACAAACCACGAAAUACUCCCUAUGGCAAGUACGACUCCAUCACGCAUAUGGACCACAUUUUCCUUCUCCAUUCUUCCGUUUGUGGGGACCAAGGCUGCUCCCACGGCUUCUAACUGUGCCAAAACUAGGCAUACAGACAGCCUACAGCAGGUAUCAAGAAGCGGAAUAGCCAAUCAAAUGGCAGCUCUGUUUUUAGGUUUCGGGGAGCCUCAGUACUGAUUUCCCUAGGGGCUGCACAAGCCCUACAUUCUCACAAACUGCUCCUGCCCUCCUUGUCUGGCGUGCAUUCAUUCAUUUGUAGUCCUGGGACCGAACUCAACUCAGGGCUUUCAAACUGAGUUACAAGACUCGUCCCUGUUUAGACCAGGUCUUGUGAAGUGCUAGAUUCAAAACUGGCAUUCUCCUGCCUCAGGCUUCCAGAGCGCCAAGAGUCUGCUAGGUGUACUACACCAGGCUGUGUUCUAUAUAUUUAUUUUUUUUAACUUUUUUUUUUUGUCUUUUUCCUUUUUUAUCGGUACCGGGGAUUGAACUCACGACUGCCUGCUUGCAAGGCAGGUGCUUAUGCCGCUGAGCUAAACCUCCAGCUCCAUGUGUUCUAUAUUUUUAAUGACAGUCAUUCUACUGGGACAAGACAAAAUCUCAGUGUAGUUUUGGUUUACAUUUUUCUAAUAGCUAAAACUGCUGAACAUUUCUUCAUGUUUUUAUUGUCCAUUUAUACGGCUUUAGAGAAAAGUGUUCAAUUCAUUGGCCUAUUAAUGGAUUGGGCUGACUCUCAGGGGUUAAGUUUACUAAGACAUAAAUAAUAAACAAGGGUGUAUUUUUUCCUAGUUAUUAAUCCUCUGUUGGAACCUACUGAUAAAGAUUUUUCUUCCAUUCUAGAGGCUGUCAUUUCACUUGUUAGUUCUCUCUCCUACAGGAACUUUUUGAUUUGAAGUGGUCACACUGGUUGAUUCCUGCUAUUACUUCCCAUGCUCCUGGAGUCCUAUCCGGGAAAUCUCUGCCUGGGGCUAUGGCUUCAGAGCUUUCUCUGUGUCUCACAGGAGUUCCACGAUUUCAGGUCUUACACUGUGGUGUUUGAUGCAUUUUAAAUGGACAUUCAUAAAAAUGAGACCCAGGUCUAACUUCCGUCUCCUCCAACACGUACCCAGGCUCCCUGGCCCUGUCUUUUCUCCACCACGCACUGUGGCUCCCUGUCUGGCAUCAGGUGGCUGCAGCUGUGUGGGUGUCUGUGCCUGUGUCUCCAGUCUGUUCGGCGGGCCACGCAUCUACUGUUUGGAUCCUACAAUGCUGCUUGGCUGGUGUGAUUCCGUAUGUAACGUGGAAUCAGGUGCUGUGACUGCUCCAGCCUUGCUCUGUUUGCUUACAACCGUGUUCUACUUACUCUGGGUAUCUGCUGUUCCACAUACAAACUCCAGGAUUAUUUUUUUCUAGUUCUGUGAAGAAUGCUGCUAGUAUUUUACUGGGGAAUACAUGAAAUCUGUAGGUUACUUUUGGAGAUAGAGACAUUUAAAAGAUAUUAACUCGAUAGAUCCAGGAAGAUGGGAGGGCUUUCCACCCCCUGGUGUUGUCUUCAAUUUCUUUCUUUAUUGUUCUCAAGUUUUUAUCAUGGAGAUCUUUUACUUCCUUGGUUAACUGAUCCCUAAGGUUUUGUUUUGUUUUUUAAAGACAUCAUGAAUGGUUCUUGUUUCUUUUCUUUACCUAUUUCAUUAUGGGCGUACAGAAACAUUGCUAUAUUUUAAUCAGGUUUUUUCUUUUUUGGAGAUAGGCUCUUAUUAUGUAAACCAGGCUGGCGUUGGACUUGUGGUGACCCUCCUGCCUCAGCCUCCCCUGAUUAGAGGUAUGCACCACCAUGGCUGGGAAGGUUUUCUUCAAUUUAGAUGACCAUGGAAUUUUUAUCCCUGAUUCUAUUUAUGUGGCAUUUUAUGUUUAGUGAUUUCUGUACAAGUAUACUGAAUGAUCCUUUCCUCCCUGGAAUAAAACCAACUUGAUAUGG